CUCAGAGCAACACAACAAGCUCGUGAAGAACUGUGUCGCCUGUGCGCACAGAAACAUUUUAUAUGUUUUUGUUUCGCAGAAAACUCGCACAUAGAGCCAAAUACAAAGAUUAUUUCAGUGGUGCGAGUCAUUUGGAUCUGAUCAUGACUUAAACACUCUCGUGGAUAAAAGUUAAUUAAAAAAUGUCUGGAGAAUUUAGCGACACUGCUUAUGAAGGCUCGCCAGGGAUUGUCUAUGCUGCUUCCUUUAACUUGAGCUAUGUUUUCAACACGACCAACAGCUCGUACGAGGACUACCUCCACCUGCCAGACUCUGAGAAAGCUGACUCUGUGGGAGAUGGAGCCGCUGUUGUAAGGAUUAUCAUCUCGAUCAUUUACUCUCUGGUUUGCGCGCUGGGUCUGGUUGGAAACUUGCUGGUCUUGUACUUAAUGAAGUCUAAACAUGUGUGGAAAAAAUCCUCCAUCAACCUUUUCGUAACUAGUUUGGCGGUGACUGACUUCCAGUUCGUCCUGACUCUGCCCUUCUGGGCUGUGGAAAACGCUUUGGACUUCACUUGGCUUUUCGGCAAAGCGAUGUGCAAGAUAGUGUCCUAUGUGACGGCAAUGAACAUGUACGCCAGCGUUUUUUUCCUGACCGCCAUGAGCGUGGCGAGGUACUGGUCACUCGCGUCUGCCCUGAAAGGCAGGCGGAGGCGGGCUCACUGCUGUUCCGCGCGGUCCAUCACCGUUAUCAUCUGGGUUUCCGCUGUCUCCGCCGCUCUGCCGCACGCGGUUUUCUCCACGACGGUGACAGUUUCCAACGAGGACCUGUGCCUCGUCAAAUUCCCGGAAACCAACGGAUCGGCGCAGUUUUGGCUCGCGCUCUAUCACUCUCAAAAAGUGUUGCUUGGCUUCGUGGUGCCUCUGGGCAUCAUCUCAGCCUGCUACCUGCUCCUUUUGCGCUUCAUCACCUCCAAAAACAUCAACACCUCGAGCGCCAAGCGACGCGCCAAAGUCACAAAGUCCGUCACCAUAGUGGUCUUGUCCUUCUUUCUUUGCUGGCUGCCCAACCAGGCUCUCACAGCCUGGGGCAUCCUCGUGAAACUCAACGUGGUUCACUUCAGUUACGAGUACUACAGCAUGCAAGUGUACGUGUUCCCCGUGUCCGUGUGCCUUGCGCACUCCAACAGCUGCCUGAAUCCCAUCCUGUACUGUCUUAUGAGGCGGGAGUUCAGAAAAGCGCUGAAAAAACUCUUCUGGCGGAUGACAUCGCCGACUCUGACCACCUUAAGACCGAUCACAGCCACCACAAAGCCGGAGGCGGACGAGCAAGGGCAGGUCCUGGUCCCCGUGUGCGCACCCGAGGAGCCCGCAGUGGUGUUUUAUCCUCCCGGGGAAGUGAUUUACAAUGACAGGCGAGACCUACCCCAGAACAGCGCUUAAUCUAAGGCACGUUUUAAAUCCUCUAUGAUGUUGUAUUCAUACACAUUUACAUCAAUCAGGUCAGUUUUGUUUGCCUCACAGCUGUCCAAGUUGGAGGAGGAAAAACGUCAAACAGAAGCGCUUAUGACUCAUGUUUGUCCACAGAAAUGCUACUUUGGCUUCACCCUGGUUGAGAUUUUAAAAAGCCAACUUACUGGCAUUCUUACCUAUAAGAAAAUACGCAUAUUUUAAUAAGGUGUCAAAACAUAUAUUAAAUGUGCAGGUAAGGUGCAUCAACAAAAUGUGAGACAUUUGCUCAUCUUCGCCCCGUCCUUAUCUUGAAUGACAUUUAGUUGUUAAAUGCCACUAUAAUGUUACAGAGAAUGUUUCACAGACCUGUGCAGAUUGUGUGUGUGUGUGUGUGUGUGUG